CUGUCCUGUUGGGGUGAUACUGCUAUUCAUGUGUGUGUGUGUGCAUGCAUGUGUGCACACAUACACAAAAGUAUAUUGGACAGGCCCUUCCAUUGUGAUUUGAUUCCUUCCCUCAUGAUACUGUGUAUCAGUUAGCAGGUGAUAAGGACACUAGUCUCAUUAUUACUGAGACACAGCUGCUUACUGUGAAUGUUCCUGUUUUAAGUAUUUCCUGGCCCAGCACAGCCACAAACUGUGACUCGCUACAAGGAUGGGGCCUGUCUCUGACUUCCUGUUACUCUGCAGACAGAGGUAAGAGAACUAAAAUGUCAGCCUCAGGAUCCUAACCACCCCAGAGGAUAACUACAGAGAAACGCUUCACAUCUGACAUCAUUGGAGCCCAGUCUGGAUCGCUUUUACACGUCAUCAAAUUCAUUUUCCACUCCUAGGUUUAGGGGUGUGAGAUUUAAAAGACUAUAUGCUAUCCAACCACAAAGUGUUCAUGGGAAAGGUGGAAAUUCAUUUGGCAGGGAUGUCCUCUCCAUUCCUGCAGCAAGCAUUUAUUGCCAAAUUCACUCUGUGCCCCAAGCAUCUGUUAUUUGAAGAUGAAUAGGACUGGUCUUUGCCUCCAAGGAGCUGAGAGUCUAGUAGAACACUUUAGGACAGCCACCAAGAGAAACCUAUGUAGGUUAUUAAAAGGCUUAAUGGCAGUUAGCCAGGGAAGGUGGAUGGAGUGUGGCAUUCCAGACAGAGGGAACAGCAAGGACAGAGGCCAAGAAGCAAGACAGUCCGGUGUCAUGUGCAGCGUGUUCCUGUAGUAUCAGAAAGGGAGAGCAUUGUGUAGGUAACCUGGUAGCCACCCUUCAAUCCAGACCUCCUGUGAUUCUCUGCCUGCUUCCACAGUGGUCAUCUAAUCCUGUAGGCUUACCUUGGACCGGUCCUUUUCUUCUGGUGAGUGUUUUCUUUCAUAGGCUCCAGGAUGAAUACUAAGUACUCAUUGCUUCCUGGGCUUCCUCUAGCCCACUGUAACCAAGGGAGGUUUUCACCACUAUCCCUUAAAAGCUGGCUGGACACAUGUUACCACUUCAAGUUAUUAAGGAUGGUUUUUAGGUGCCCAGAUUAUCAAAAUACAUGAACAGUAAAGAUUGCUUCCUGGGUUCUGUUGCUCUAUUAAGAGCUCAGAAAUGUCAUCUGGUCUAAAAACCUCCAUUCUCUGGGAACAUUCUUCCCAUUCACGACUGUGAAUGCUGAUCUCUACUGCAGAUUUCAGCUCCAAGAGAACCUUCCCAAAAUGUGUUCCCUUAAUGUCUCUUCCUAUUUAUUUAUUUUUAAAGCUUUACUUAUUUAAGUGAUCUCUAUACUCCAUAUGAUGCUCAAACACACAACCCCAAGAUCAAGAGUCGGAUGCUCUUCUGACUGAGCCAGGCAGGAGCCCCUAUCUCUUCCUAUUUAGAAGUGUACAGAAGGCUUCCUAUUUAGGACCUGUGUCUGUCUAAUACUUCCACCUAUGUUUAAAGUGGUCAAGUGUUUGAGCUGCUGUCAGACUUCCCAAGUUCAAAUGCCAGCUCUUCCACUUGCUGGUUGUGUGACCUUGGGCAAAUUUAGUCAACCCCUCUAUUUCAGUUUCCUCAUUUGCAAAAUGAUAAUACCAACUUAAUUCAGUGCUUGUGAGAAUGAGGUGGAAUAAGUAGAAUACUUGAGCUCUGUGCCUGGCAUAACACUUGAACACUCAGUAUUUGCUCCUGUAUGAACUAGCUACAAUUAACUGGUGAUUGUAAUAGCAUUGUUUUCCUGUUUCUCAGCUUCAUUGUUCUAUUUCAUUUGAAACUGAAGGAUGAAAGAUAAAUGCUUGCCAUCCCCUAGAAUUGGAUUUUGGCCUUCGAGGGAACCUGAGGCUUAGCUAGGUUAUUAGCUUUGGAGGCUGGCCUGUAAAUUACCGUUCUAAUUUAUAUUUUUCAUUAAAAGCUCAGCUUGCCUCUUCUUCUAUAGCAGUCUUCCCUGGCCCUGAAACCCUAGUGUUUAGCCAUAAAACAAGGUUUUAAAAUUAAGAGGCCAUAAUUCUCUCAACUCCCCACAAUGUGUGGAUUAAUGGAAUUAAUGAUAAGGUGCACAGAAUAUUAUUUUUAUUUUUAACAAAAGCAAAGACCUGCCCCUAUUUCUUACGUUUGAAACACAAAUCAGGGAGCUACUGUGAUCAAGGGUAGUGUAUUUAUGUGUAGAACUUGACAAAAAAAAUUGGGUAUUAGGAAAUCUGGGUCCUAGGCUCCCCACCGCCAGGAAGUUGCUGAGACCUCUAACCCUCUUCACGCUGGCUUUGUGUUUUGCAGGCUUGAACAUUAGGUAAAUAAUGCCUAAUAUUCUGCCCGGCACCCAGAACCGCCUCCCAAAUGAUAGGUGUUAUAUGGUAGCUCACUUAAUACGUAUCCCAUUAGGGUAAUACAAAUGGAUACGUUCGGCCAAAAAAGGCAACCACACCUCCGCCCCCUCAAUGGAAAGAAGGGCGUGGAAACAGAGUUGCGUGCAGCUGAGACUACAUCUCCCACUGCCCUUUGCGGUGAUCCUCGUUCGCUUUACCCAGAAUCGCUCCCACUGCAACCUUGCGUCUUUCCGUGGGGCCCCGGAUGUAGACUCCCUCUUACUCGGUGGGCGUGGUUUCACAAGGGCUCGGAGACCUGGGGCUCUCUUAUUGGUUGUGGUCCUUCCGACUGGAUUGGACGCGAAGGAGGGGGCGGUGGCCAAGGCGCGCAGUGCUGUAGCGACAGCCAAUCAGAAGCCUGGUCGGCCUUUGGCGGGAGGUAGUAAAGCUGAGGCUUUGCAGAUUUGGCGCGAGCGCGGUUUGGCUUUACUGCUGCUGGUGUGUAGUUUUUUCGGGAGCUUGACUGAAGAAUCCCUGAAGCCCUGUGCGAGAGACGUGAGGAAGAGCAGGCACUGAGCCGUGUUGCCAUCAUGCCUCAAACCCGAUCCCAGUCACAGGCUACAAUCAGUUUUCCAAAAAAGAAGGUGUCUCGGACAUUGGACAAAGCUAAAAUCUCUGGAGACACUAAACUAGAACUGACCAGUCUCCAGGCCACACGCCAUUCUGUAAAAAUUCUGCCUCUAAGCCCCAGAAAACGUCUCGGUGAUGACAAUCUGUGCAACACUCCCCAUUUACCACCCUGUUCUCCACCAAAGCAAGGCAAGAAAGAGAAUGGCCCCCCUUGCUCCCGUUCACCUAAGGGGCGCAGAUUGGUAUUUGACAAUCAGCUGACAAUGAAGUCUCCUAGCAAAAAGGAACAAACCAGAGCUCACCAAAACAAAAUCCGUUCGUCAGGCAGAAAAGAUCAAGAGAUCACAACAAAUUCUGAGCAGAGAUGUCCACUGGAGAAAGAAUCUGCAUGUGUGAGACUGUUCAAGCAAGAAGGCACUUGCUACCAGCAAGCAAAGCUGGUCCUGAAUACAGCUGUCCCGGAUCGGCUGCCUUCCAGGGAAAAGGAGAUGAAUGUCAUCAGGAAUUUCCUGAGGGAGCACAUCUGUGGGAAAAAAGCUGGAAGUCUUUAUCUUUCUGGUGCUCCUGGAACUGGAAAAACUGCCUGCUUAAGCCGAAUUCUGCAAGACCUUAAGAAGGAACUGAAAGGCUUUAAAACUAUCAUGCUGAAUUGCAUGUCCUUGAGGAGUGCCCAGGCUGUAUUCCCAGCUAUUGCUCAGGAGAUAUGUCAGGAAGAAGUAUCCAGGCCAGCUGGGAAGGACAUGAUGAAGAAACUAGAAUACCAUAUGACUGCAGAGAAGGCCCCCAUGAUUGUGUUGGUGCUGGACGAGGUGGAUCAGCUAGACAGCAAAGGGCAGGAUGUAUUGUACACACUCUUCGAAUGGCCAUGGCUAAGCAACUCUCGAUUGGUGCUGAUUGGUAUCGCUAACACCCUGGAUCUCACGGACAGAAUUCUGCCGAGGCUUCAAGCCAGAGAAAAAUGUAAACCUCGGCUGUUGAACUUCCCACCUUAUACCAAAAACCAGAUAGCCACUAUCUUGCAGGAUCGGCUUGAUCUGGUGUCUGGAGUUCAGGUUCUGGACAAUGCUGCAAUUCAGUUCUGUGCCCGAAAAGUCUCUGCUCUUUCAGGAGAUGUUCGAAAGGCGCUAGAUGUUUGCAGGAGAGCUAUUGAAAUUGUAGAGUCGGAUGUCAAAAGCCAGACUGUCCUCAAACCGCUGUCUGAAUGCAAAUCACCCUCUGAGUCACUGGUUCCCAAGCAGGUUGGUCUUAUUCACAUAUCCCAAGUCAUCUCAGAAGUUGAUGGUAACAGAAUGAGUUUGAGCAAAGAAGGAACACAAGAUUCCUUCCCUCUUCAGCAGAAGAUCUUGGUCUGCUCUUUGCUGCUCUUGACCCGGCAGCUGAAAAUCAAAGAGGUCACUCUGGGGAAGUUAUAUGAAGCCUAUAGUAACGUCUGUCGUAAACAGCAGGUGGCAGCUGUGGACCAGUCAGAGUGUUUGUCACUUUCAGGGCUCUUGGAAGCCAGGGGCAUUUUAGGAUUAAAGAAGAACAAGGAAACCCGCUUCACAAAGGUGUCUUUGAAGAUUGAGGAGCAGGAAGUAGAGCAUGCUCUAAAAGACAAAGCUUUAAUUGGAAAUAUCUUAGCUACUGGAUUGCCUUAAAUUCUUUUCUUUUCUACUAAUAUGCUACCCAGAAGUAUCCCACUGGCAUUUAGAGAGCUCUGGAAUCUUCAUUUUAGUACUUUAUCCAUUCAGGCCUGAAAACUAAUAUGACCUUUUUUUUUUAAUUUUUAUUUUUUUCAUUUUAUUUUCUCUUAAAUAAUCUCUACACCCAGCAUGGGGCUCAAACAAAAGUUGCAUGCUCUUCUGACUGAGCUAUCUAGGUGCCCCGAAAUACGACCUUUUUUAAUGGGAAACUGAUAAAUUUUAAUCUGUAUGUUGAUGAAUAUUAUUAACACAGAGUAA